CUCCGUCCCGUAGCAGACGUCCGCGGUCCUUCAGCGGCAUCUGACGGUGAAACCGGGGACAUGCAACGACGGUCCGCCGGGCGCUCGUUUAAUACAAACCGCCCACACUGACACCGCCGCUGUUGUGUUUCUAGAUCCCGUCGAUCCAUCAUGGCGAUGCACGCGAAGGCGACCCCGCCGCAGAUCCCGGACACCCGCCGGGAGCUCGCCGAGCUGGUGAAGAGGAAACAAGAACUAGCUGAGACGCUGGUGAACUUGGAAAGACAAAUAUAUGCAUUUGAAGGCAGCUACCUAGAAGACACCCAGAUGUACGGCAACAUCAUCAGAGGGUGGGACCGAUACCUCACCAACCAGAAGAACUCCAAUAGUAAGACUGACAGAAGAAAUAGGAAAUUUAAGGAAGCAGAGCGUUUAUUCAGCAAGUCGUCGGUCACGUCAGUUGCAGCAGUAUGUGCGCUCGGUGGAAUACCGGAUCACAUGAACGAAAAGCGCGAGGCAGGCAGCGGCACAGAGAGCGACGCCUCUCCGGAUCUCCAGAACCAGGAAAACGAGCCCAGCCAGGAGGACACGGAAGACGUGGACUCGACGCUGCAGGACCUGAAGCCUCAGAAGGCGGCCUCCUCCUCCUCCUCGGGCAGCCAUCACGCCAGCCACAAAAAGAGGAAGAACAAAAACAGACAUAGCCCUUCUGCCAUGUUUGAUUAUGACUUUGAGUUUGACAUGAAAGUUAACAAGAAACCGCGAGCUGAUUAUUCAACUUAAAAAAGGCGACUGGAAAACCUGACCACCAAGAGAGGAUGCAUGUAGAAAAAAAACCAACAAGAUUUCUGGACUUUGUGAAUUUUUUAUUGCCUUGUUUUUUUGUUUUUUUUAUCAUCAUAUUUCAGCCUGUACUCUCGUGUAUUGCUUGAAACAUUCCCCCCCCCUGCUACCAACCUGCGGUCUCUCGGCUUCAGGUCGUGACCUCCCCGUGAAAGUAGAAAUGUCCCCGGAGGCCAGACGAGGCCGACAUCCGGGGAACGCCACCAUUUUGUAUAGUGUUAAAAAGAAGACUGUAUUUAUUAUGUAGCUAAUUUUUCCAUUGUAAGAAAGUUUUGCUUUUUUUGUCAAGUGUCAUAGUCGUAUAAACCCCUGAAUUCCCCCCCGAAUUCUUUUAUUACAUGUUUUGUUUUUUGCAAAAAAUAAUAAAAUACCAGUAACGGGA